AUGGAAAACAAGACAUAUGGUUCACUGGAGGAUUCACACGGGAUACAAGUCAUAUCUGUGUUCUAAAAGUCAUGAUUUUACAAUGGAGAGAAAAUAUAUCACACACACAGAAGAAGGUUCACAAUGGAGGGAAGCCAUAUCAUUGUUCUGAAUGUGAAAAAACUUUUACAAGCAAGAGUGAGAAGCCUUACAGUACACCAACACUGGAGAGUUCACACUGGAGAAGCCAUAUCAGUGUUCUGAAUGUGAUAAAGCUUUUACUCAGAAAUCACAUCUUAUCAAGGUCACCAGAGUAUUCACACUGGAGAGAGAGCCAUAUCAGUGUUUUUACUGAAUGUGAUAAAACUUUUACACAGAAAGUCACAUCUUAUCUGAAUGUGACACCACAGGAGGAUUCACACUGGAGAGAAGUCAUAUCAGUGUUCUGAAUGUGAUAAAGCUUUUUCACAGAAGUCAAGUCUUAUCACACACCAGAGGAUUCACACUGGA